AUGGCGCCCGAACUUGGCAUGCCCUCCCAACAGCCGUCCAGAGAUGCUGCUCCUCUUCGUCAGGCUUGGGAUGAGAGCUCCAAGUUCCGUAUGAACCAGACCAGAAAUCCAGACUGGAAAUUCGGAUCAGGCGCUUCCGAUGGUGGACUUUGCCUGGAGAAGUCACACGUCGAGAUUGAUCCUCACGAGCCAGGUCGCGAAGUCCGAUCAAGAAAUUACAAGCUCUUGGUGUCGGGAAUCGUACCUCGACCCAUCGGAUUGAUCAGCACGGAGAGUAAGGAUGGGUCGUGCAAGAAUCUCGCGCCUAUGAGCUAUACGCAAGUUGUGAACCAUGAUCCACCCGUCUUCGUGAUCGGAUUUGCCGGUGGUCUGGAGAGAAUGAAAGAUACCUUGAAGAACUUGAUUGAGAGCGCCGAGUGCGUCAUCAACAUCGUCAGCGAGCAUUUCGUUGAGGCCGCGAACGCUACCUCCGUCAACACGCCGUAUGGAGUCAGCGAGUGGGAUGUAAGCGGAUUGACACCCGAGACGUGUGCAGUGGUGAAGCCUAGUAGGGUCAAGGAGAGCGUCUUCAGCAUCGAAGGAAAGCUGCUGGAAACAAAGGCAUUCGAAAGUCUCGCGCACCCAGGCAAGAAAGAAGGUGUCAUGGCGAUUGUCCAAGGCGUGAGGUUCUGGGCGCGGGAAGAUGCCAUCAAUGCUGAGAAGACCAUGAUCGAUCCCUCCAUUCUCUGUCCGGUUGCAAGAAUGGGCGGAAACACUUAUGCCAGAGUCACCGAAGGCUUCGAGCUAGACAGGCCAAUUGUAGGCAAGCAUGUAACGAGUGAGGAUAUAGCAAGCCUGGCGGCUGGUCGAUAA